CGCCCAACUGAAAAUGUGUCGAACAGUUUCUUCGCGGACGCCUACCACAAUAGAAGCGCAUCAAAAUGACUAAGACAAGAGUUUAUGUUAUCGGCGUUGGCAUGACCAAGUUCGAGAAACCAGGUCGCCGCGCUGAUGUUUGCUACCCCGACUUUGCCAAGGAAGCAGUUACCAAGGCUCUCCAGGAUGCCAACAUUAAGUACGAAGAGGUGCAACAGGCUGUUGUGGGCUAUGUCUACGGCGACUCCACCUGCGGUCAGCGUGCGGUCUAUGAGGUGGGCAUGACUGGCAUUCCCGUCUACAAUGUGAACAACAACUGCUCCACGGGCUCGAGUGCCCUGUAUCUGGGCAAGCAGAUCAUCGAGUCGGGCAACGCGGACUGUGUCCUAGCUCUGGGAUUUGAGAAAAUGGAGCGUGGCUCGUUGGCGUCAAAGUACUUUGAUCGUGCCAAUCCCAUGGAGCGUCACAUUACCGAAAUGGGAGAACUAACAGAGAUCGGACCUGGACCAAUGGCUGCCCAGAUCUUUGGCAAUGCUGGCAAGGAGCACAUGAAGAAGUACGGCACCAAGCCGGAACACUUCGGAAAGAUUGCCUGGAAGAAUCAUAAGCAUUCGGUUAAUAAUCCAUACUCCCAGUUCCGCGAUGAAUACAGCCUGGAGCAGAUUAUGAAGUCGCCUCAGGUGGUUGAGGGUGUGCUCACCAAGCUGCAGUGCUGUCCAACUUCGGAUGGCUCGGGUGCUGCAAUUCUGGCCUCCGAGCAAUUCGUGCGUCGUCAUGGUCUGGAAAAGCAAGCCGUCGAGAUUGUGGGCAUGGAGAUGGCCAGCGAUCCCGAGUCGACCUUUGCUGACAAGAGCCUCAUGAAGAUUGCCGGCUAUGACAUGACUCGCCUUGCCGCUCAACGCCUUUUCGCCAAGAGCGGUUUCAAGCCACAGGAUGUGCAGGUCGUGGAGCUGCAUGAUUGCUUCUCGGCCAAUGAGCUGAUCACCUAUGAGGCCUUGGGUCUGUGUGGUGAGGGCAAGGCUGGCGAGUUUAUCGAUAAUGGAGACAACACGUAUGGCGGAAAAUUUGUGAUCAAUCCCAGUGGAGGACUUAUCUCCAAGGGACAUCCCUUGGGCGCCACAGGCUUGGCUCAGUGCGCCGAGCUGUGCUGGCAGCUGCGUGGUUUGGCCGAGAAGCGGCAGGUGCCUAAUGUCAAGUUGGCCCUGCAACAUAAUCUGGGGCUGGGUGGUGCCGUUGUGGUAACUCUAUAUCGUCUGGGCUUCCCUGGUGCGUCCAAAGCAAAGUUGUAAAUAAUGUAUUUGUUGCUUAUGUAAAUAUGUA